AUGACGCGUGGCGACCGUGACCGUGGCGGCGUGCAGGGGGCCCGCUCCGGCGGCAUGACUCACCACAUCCAGGGCCCGCACCUCAUCCCCAACGUCGGGAGGGAGGCCAUGCUCGUGGCCGAGGUCAUCCGACGGAGGCCCAAGGCGAAGUCCAAGCCCGGGUCACAGGUCCGUGCCGAGAAGAGGGAGAAGGAGCAGAGGGACAAGAAGAGGAAGAAGCGGAGGGACUCCGAGCGAUCGCGAUCCAGCUCUGCUCCGGCCCGCAAGUCACGUUCCAGAACGCAGGUGCGGCCGGAGCAGGACAGCCCUGGAGACGGAGAGGAGGAGGAGGACGAGGCGGCGGAGGAGGCACACGAAGGAGCCCUGCCGGCGCUGGACGUGAACUCUGAGCACGAGGCUCGGAGGAUUGAAGAAGAGAGGAGACAGUUGCAGCGCUUGAAGGAGGUUCAGGAGACGAAGCGCAAGCAGGAGAGCGAGCGAAGGAAGAACUUGGGAGGAGUCUUCGCCUUGUCUGCGGACGACUUCGACAAGGAGGAGGACGAGCGAGCCAAGCGGGCACAGGCGGCCCAGGAGGAGGCCCGGAGCGAGAAGCAGCAGCUCCGUCAUCCCACGUCGCGGACCUCCACGCGGAGAGAUGAGAAAAUGCAGCUCGACGACGGCUCUCCUGGAAGUGGCUUCGACAAGUGCUGGAAGAACUGGGACUUCACGAAAGCGGAAGAUCCGGCGGAAGUGGCCCGGCAGUUCAUGCGCGUCACUGCAGCCAAGCGGAGGGGCUACGGGGCUCGCGACGCCCGCGACGGUGCCCGAGACGGUGCCCGAAACGAAAGGCCGGAGCGCGAGAGACGCCGCAGCCGCAGUGGCAGCCGCGGCAGCCGCGGCAGCCGUGGCAGCCGCGGCCGAAGCCGAAGCCGCCGCUGA